AUGUAUGAUCAGAAAUCAUUGGAUCGAAAGAAAGAAGGGAUGGGGUUACAAGCUGUGCGUGGGGCGGGUGAGAGGUCACCUGAUGCUGCUAUUGAAGGAGGGCGAGGGGGCGGGAAGGCGAAGGGAAGGGAGCAGGAGGGCAAGAAGGACUAUGAGGAAACGAAUAUCACGGCUUAUAAUGACCGGAAGUCAUUGGAUCGAAAGAAAGAAGGGAUGGGGUUGCAAGCUGUGCGUGGGGCGGGUGAGAGGUCACCUGAUGCUGCUAUUGAAGGAGGGCGAGGGGUCGGGAAGGCGAAGGGAGGGGAGCAGGGGGGCAAGAAGGAAGAUGAGGAAAGGAAUAUCACGGCUAUCCCUCUUCACCUUGCCUUCAGCCCUCCUCACCUUGCCUUCGGCCCGUCUAUUCCCGUUGCUGGCUUUCCUGGUGCUCCUCUGCUGGGCGGCACUCCUCUGCUGGGCGGCACUCCUCCACUGCGCGGCGCUACUCUGAUGGGCGGCCCUCCUGGGGAGGAGAUAGCAAGUGCAGCCAAUAUUAUCCUUAAGAGGAGUGAACCUGCUUGGAAGGGAAGGGGAGGAGGGGGCCAGGAGAAGCGUCUAUGGAGCGAGAACGGGUGCGACUGCAGGAGAAAGAUCAGAAGGCGGAGCGGAAGGGGCUUGCGUGUGAUCGUCUGCUCCUUUCUCACAGCAUGUGUGUUACUCCUUGCUAGCACCUUGCCCCUCCAGGAGAAAGCGUCCAUCGAGCGAGAGCGGGUGCGGCUGCAGGAGAAAGUUCUGAAGGCGGAGUGGAAAGGGCUUACGUGUGCUCGUCUGCUCGUGGCUCACAGCACGUGUGUUUACUCCUUGCUCGCACCUUGCCCACCCAGGAGAAAGCGUCCAUCGAGCGAGAGAGGGUGCGGCUGCAGGAGAAAACGCAGAAGUCGGAAAGGAAGGGACUUGGAUAUGCGCAUCUGCUCCUUGCCCAUGUGUUUCCGUUUUCCGCCUCCCCCUGGACAGGAGAAAGCGUCCAUCGAGCGGGAAAGGGUGCGGCUGCAGGAGAAAGUGCAGAAGGCGGAAAGGGAGGCGCAGUUGCUGCGAGGGAGAGUGAGCGAGCUGGAAGAUCAGGUGCUGGCGCAGGAGCAGGAGCUGCAGGAAGCCACCUACCGCAUGGAGAAGGUGAGGGAUGGGGCAGGUGCAGCCGAGCAGGAGCUGCAGGGCGCAGCCUACCGCAUGGAAAAGGUGAGGCGUGGAGCAGGUGGGAACAGAGGCAUGGAGCAGGUAGGAGCAGGCAUGGAGGAUGAGAGGUGGCAGUGGAAGCCUAGGAGCACAGAGGAGAGCUCGGCAGGCAGAUUGGGCGAGCUGGAAGGGCAGGUGCAGGCGCAGGUGCAGGAGCAGGAGCUGCGGGAUGCAACGUACCGCAUGGAGAAGGCUGUGCGGGAGGAGGAGCGGAAGAGCGUGGAGAUUCAGCGGAGGCUGGGCGAGGAGUAUCAGGCGGCCAUGGACGGCCAGAACCGGCUGCAGGCCAUUCACCUCCGAGGGGUGAGGCUGGGGGAGGAGUAUCAGGCUGCCAGGGACGCCCAGAACCGCCUGCAGGCCAUGCUGGAGGAUCAGGGGAAGCGGGUGGACGAGCUGACGACGCUGCUGAGCCAAAAGGGGCUGGAGUGCAAGGAGGUUUCCCAGAAGCUGCAUUCGGUGAAGGAAGAGAAUAGCAAGCUGCGGCGUCGGCUCAAGGCGACUGCCUUGGCCCAGAGCUGCGAGGCAGGCUCGGCAAGCCCGGACCUGCGGGAGGCUCUGGCUCGGGCGGAAAGACAGCUGCUGGAGAAGAAGCAGCAGGUGGAAGUGGCCGAGGCUCUUAAUGAGGAACUCAAGGAGCAGGUGAAACACCUGACCGGGCGGUUGAGCCAGGAGGAUCUUCAGGUGUUUCGGCAGUCGUUCAAGGGGCGGUUGACAGCAGCGGAGCAGUGUAUAUCGGAGCAGGAGCAGAAGAGCAAAGCGCUCAGUCACGCCGCAGAGGCACACAUGGGUCUGGGGGAGAGAUUGAAGGAGGUGGAGGAGGAGUGUGGGAGAUGGAGGGAAAUUGCUAGAGAGAGUGAGAUAAGGGCGGAUGGGGCGGAAGAGGCGCGUAGGCUUGCAGUGGAGCAGCUUGAAACGAGGAUGCGCGCGUGGGAGAGGGAGAAGGAGGAGCUUGUGCGGAGAAUGGAGGAGUUGGAAGGGUUGGAGAGGGAGAAUGGAGUGUGGGGAGUGGAGGAAGUCAAGGAACGGUUGAGGAUAGCAGAGGAAGAGAGGGACGAGAUGCGGAGGCGUCUGGAAGAGGCUUUAGAGGCUUGUUCCGAGAGUGAAACGCUAGUGGAUGCUAUUGAAAGAUCCAGGGAAGGGCUUAAGCAGGAAGUGCAGGGGUUAAGUGAGAGGAUUCGGGAGAUAGAAGGGGAGUUGGAAAAUCUGAGGGACCAAAUGACAGAGGCUGUGGAAGGGAGGAGAACUGCGGAGGAGGAAGCUGAGCUGGUAAGGCAGGAGUUGAAUGUGGUGCAGAGGGAGCUGCUUGAUGUGAAAGAGGAGGUGCUUAUAGCGAGGCAGGACGUAGAGAGGGCAAGGGAGAGGGAGGCAGCCGGGGAUGAGGCGAGAAGAGCGGAGAGGGAGGCUGGGGAGAGGCUGCAAGAGGCGGAGGGACGACUGAGGGAAGCCGAGGGGAUGAUUGAAGAGCUGAGGGAGAAGGAAGGGGGGUUACUGAGGGAAGUGGAGAGUGUGAGGGGCGAGUUAGAGGCGAAGGAGAGAGGAAUGGAAGAGCGGGAGGAGAAGGUGAGGGAGCUUGAACAGCAGAUUGAAGGGCUUCAGGAGGAGGUGGAGAGGGAGAGGGAGGCUGUGAGGCGGGUAGAGACAGAGAAGCAGGAGAUUUCUCAGAGGAUUUCUCAGGAGAUUUCUCAGGAGAUGGAAGCUCGGGUUGAGGGGUUGGAGGAGCAGGUUAGGGGGAUUGAGGGGGAGGUGGAGAGGGAGAAGGAGCGAGUGGUGUGUGUGGAAAUGGCUCUGAGGAGGAAAGAAGAGGAGGUGCAGAGAGGUAGAGAGGAACGGGAGGGGAUGGAGAGGGAAAUUGAGAAAAUGAAGGAGAAGGUUGAGGAGGAGGUGAAGGGGAGAGUGGAGGCGGAGGUGAAAGUGCGUGAGAUGGAAGAGGAGAAGAGGAGAGCAGAGGAGGAGAGAGAAAAGGAGGUGGAAGGAUUGAAGGGAGAGGUGGAGAGGCUUGAGAAUGAGGUUGAGAAGGUUCGGGAGGAGUUGGAGGGAGUGAGAGGGCAGGUGGUGGGGGAGAGUGAGGUGAGGCGAAGGCUGGAGACUGUAGAAGGGGAGUAUGGACGACUGAGAAUGGAACUUUCGACGAAAGUGAGAGAGGCUGCAGCAGAGAGAGAAGCGAGGGAGGAGAAGGAGAGGGAGUUGCAGGAAGUAAGGGAGGCAGCAGUGGUUGCGACCGAGGAGUGGAAGAAGGAGUUGGGAGAGGUUGAGAGGGUUAUGGGGGUGAUUCGGGAGGAGCGGGAGGCGGUGCAGAGGGAAUGUGAGCGGUUGAGGGAAGAGGCGGAGGAGAGGGAGGUACAGGUGAGGCUCUUGGAAGGGGCAAGGGAUGAUGUGGUUGCUGCGAUGGGAGGGAUUCGGGAUGAGAAGAGAAAGGUUGAGAGGGAUAUGGAGGAGCGUUUUGAAGCUCUGAAGGUGGAGAUUGAGGAGGUGAGGAGGAAGGGGGAAGAGGUAAGGGAGGCGCGGGAGAAGGAGCGGAAGGAAAGGGAGGAGGAGAGGAAGGAGAGGGAGGAGGAGCAGCGUGGUUUGGAGAAGGAGAGGAGGCAGUGGGAGGAGGAGAGGGAGAAGAUGGAGCAGGAGCAGGGAAGGAUGGAGGAGGAAAGGAGGCGGUGGGAAGAGGAGGUGGGUGCUGCGAGAGAGGCUGUGGAGGAGGCAGAGGGGAAGGCGAGCGCCGCAAGGGAGUUGGUGGAUGAGUUACAGAGAGAAUUAGAGAUUGUGCAGAGAGAGAGAGAGGCGUUGCAGGGAGAGACUGAUGCGCUGAGGGAGCAGCUAAGGGAGGCAGCGGAGGAGGCGGAGGAGAAGGCGAGCGCUGCUAGGGAGUUGGUGGAUGGGCUACAGAGAGAGAUUGAUUCGCUGCAAGGGGAGAUUGAUGCGCUGAGGGAACAGGGGCAGGGACAGGGGCAGGGGCAGGGACAGGUGGAGGAGUUGAAGGAGCAGCUGAGGGAGGCGGAGGAGGCGCUGAGCAUGAACGAGACGAAUCUGUCGGCGUCCGAUUGGGCUGUGCAGCAGCUGGCAGGGGAGCUGUCGACUGUGAAAAGGAAACUGGUGGAGAGGGAAAAGGAAUUGGCAGAACUACAGGACCGGUUAUCAGUGGUGGAUCAUGCAGUGGAGGAGAAGGAGAGGGACCUGGAGAGACUGGCGGCAGCACUGCAGGAGGCGAACAAGAAGCGGUGGGCGCGGGCUCAGCAGAUCAAACAGAUGGAAGCCGAGAUGGCGGUGCUGAGGGGGCAGGUGCAGGGGCAGGUGGGGAGUCUGGGAGGUGCAAGUGGGGGUGACGGGAGUGCAGAGAAGAGUGACGCUAGAAGGGAGGGCGAGAGGGAGAAGGAAGAGGAGAUGGAGAGGCAGGGGCAGGGCCAGGAGCAGCAGCAGAAGCAGGAGGAGCAGGGGCAGGAUCAGAAGCAGGAACAGGAUCAGGGGCAGGAGAUGGAAAGGGAGUUGAGGGAGGCAAGGGAGGCUGUUCAGCGAUUGCUGUUAGAGGUGAACGAAGGAAGAAGGGAGGUGGAGGGGAGGAGAAAGAGAGAGGAGGAGCUGAAGGAGGAGGUGGAGGAGGGAAGGGAGAGAGUGAGGGAGGUGGAGGUUCGACAGGGAGAGGCGGAGAGGCGAGUGAGGGAGCUGGAGGAGGAGGUGUGUGGGUUGAAGGGGAUGAUGGAGAGGAGGGGCGAGGAAGAGGAGGAGCGACUAGAAAAGGCCGUGGAGCGAUGGAAGGAGUUUGAAGCAGCAGCUAGGCGGGAGGCCAAGUCCCGGAGAGAGGAGCUGGAGCUGAAUAGCAGGCUGCUGGCUGAUGCUGUUAGCCUGAAUGAUGAGAAUGAGGUGACUCUGAAACGGUUGAGGGAUGAGGUGUUAGCUCUGAGGGAGAAGCUAGAGGGUGUGGAGGCAGCGAGAGAGAAGGAGAGGAGAGGAGGGGGGGUGGGGAGUGGAGGGGAGAUUGGGGGUGGAGGAGGGGGAGAGGGGGAGCUGGGGCGGUUGAGGGAGGAGGUGAAGGGGCUGCGGGCGAAGCUGCGGGUUGCUGAGAUGGAGUGGGAGAGUGAGAGGGCGCAGAAGGGGCGGGCGGAAGAGGCACUAGUGAAGUACAGGAGGAAGCUGAGUGAGAGAGAGGAGGAGCUUCAUGAUGCCUUGGAUAGGCUCUCUGCUGCCGCCGCUGCUGCUGCUGGUGCGGGUGGUGGUAGUUCUGGUGCUGUUGCUGGUGUUGGUGGUGUUGGUGUUUCCAGGGAGGAUUCUGCAGCAGCUCCUGCUUUACAAGACAGGGUGUUUGCUCUUGAAAGGGAGAAAACAGACCUUCUGUUUCAGCUGGAGCAGCAGCAACACGCGGACCGCCUUAUGGCUGCCUCUAGCCUCACCCCUGCUCGAUCCACCUUUCUGUUGCAAACACCUGCUAAAACACCUGCGAAUGCACCUGCUAAGGCUGGUUUUACAGCUGCGACAGGCCCCACUAUUGCAGCAGCAGCUGUUAACACACCUGCUACUGCAGCCGCAACAGCCGCCACAGCCGCCACAAUCACCUUUGGUGCCAAACCGAAAUCACCUCUUGCUUUCGGAGCUAAUGCAGGAACCCCCAUGGCUUUCAGUGCUCAAGCCAAGUCGCCCACCCCGUUCAGAACCCACGGUGCCUCUCCUGCGCCUUUCAGAACCCAAGGUGCGGGGGGUGCCUCUCCUGCAGAUACGGGAGGUGGGAUCAAGUCCCCCUGGCGGCGCCGGGCGGCUGAGAAGGUUCCUGGAACUUCCCCUUGGAGGAGGAAUCUGCAGGGGGUGGGUGCGGGGUUGGCGAUGACCUUGGCAGGUGUUGGGAGUGGGGGAGGUGGGGAGGGAGGGAGCAUGGAUGAAAAGGAGGAGGGAAAGAAGCAGGAGACGAGAGUGGGGUUGGAGGAGGGGCAGAAGCAGGAGGAGGUUGGGAAGGGUGAGGAGGAGGAGAAUGGCGUGCAGAAAGGGGAGGAGCGAGAGAUGGGGGAGCAGGAGACUGAAACGCCAGAGAAGAAUCCGAAGCAGGAGCAAGCACAGCAGGAGCAAGCACACGGGGAGGAGAGCGGUAGCGGUGACCUUGUGAUGGUGAGAUGUGCGUCACUCUCCCCCUCGCCCUCCCAGAACAUCAUCCCGGCCAACUCUCUCCAGAAAGCCAGCUCAGAAAAGCAUUUGCAUCGGAGCAGGAGGCAAGCAGAGGGGCCGGAUAACAAAGAGGGAGGGGGCGAGGUUGGGAGUGGUGGUGCGGGGGUAGGGAGGGAUGGGAGCGGGAGUGUGGAGAGGAAGGGGGGAGGUGGUAGGGAGGUGGAUGGUGGAGGGGAUGAUGGGUCGCCUUCUAAGCGCGUGCGGCUGUCCAUGCUGAGAUGA